AUCGAUGCAGCCAAACAAUGGCACUGAGACCAAACGCUCUGCUCUUUUUCUACCUCAUCGCCUGUUGCUGCAGCGGCAGGACGUCGUACCACAAAGAUUACCAUUUAAGAAAACGCAUCGAAGACCGCCAUCAUCGUCCAAAUGAAUACCUCGAGUCAUUGAAGACACCAGAGAUGGGAAUUAGUUUUCGCAGUUCUCAGUCGACGGCUCGCUUUCACGUCAGUGCGGAAGGUAUCACUGAAGACAAUGCGACGGCUGUCAUGUCCGCCGCUGCCGGAUUUGACGCGCUUGUGCUGCGAUAUGUGGUGGCGUACUGGCCGACGCAACAUCGGGCCAUGUGGUACCAGCGUUUCAGCGGCGCAGACGAGGAUAACUCUCGAGUUCUCAUGGAUUCGUUGAUGUCUGGCAUGGUGUACGCCGUGCGCGUUACCGCCUUGUUGUCGGAUGGUACAAACAACCAGGCCGUCUUCAACUUCUCGACUCCUGGAGAGUCGCAAUUCGGAAGAAUCAGGCCAUCAGCAGAUGCUGUUAAGAAUAAGAGUAGAGACAUGUGUCAGUUGGAAGUUACCAACCAUACUUAUUCCAUGGGUAAUCUGUACUUGAAGUUACCCAAGAAGGCGUGCAACAAGCAAAAGUUCGACAAAUAUGUUAUUGUGUACAGUAGCAUGAGCGACUAUCGAGAGGUUUUAGUGCCCAAAAAUAAGAGUGUCGUAGUGAUUAAAGGGCUCAGAGAGAAGCCAGAGUCUGUGACGGUUGAAGCAGUUACGGCCAGCGAAUCAGUUAUUGGAUUUGAGGUCUCGAAGGAUGUGCCAUCACCAGAAUUUGGUGUGGAUUCUAAUAGGUCUCCUACUGUCACAACAACUACAACAGUGUCAAACAAUGGUCUCCUUAUUUCUGUUAUUAUUCUCUCAAUACUGUUUGUAUCGUCGGCAGUCGUGGCGACAUACCUCUGUGUCUACCUUCGAGUACAUAGACAUGAAAUAGCUGAAAGGAGACGGUUGCACGAGACAUCGAUUGAGAAAUCGAGAAUACCGCUUGCCAAGAAGGAGUUGCAGAGUUCCUGUCUGGAAAAGACUUCUUUGGAUGGAAGUGUCUCUUCAGGCAAGGAAUCUAUUCGAAGCGAGCGUGUAGAUAAUUCAGUGAAGGUAACUACUACAUUGUGACGAAUCUGUAAAUACGUGAAUGACGAAGAGGCACACAUUAGUCUCGAAGAUUUGUAAACAGUUUCGUAGGUUCUUAGGAUGCUGUUUCAUAUUUUUUUAAAAAAUUACGUUGACAGCAAGAGCUAAUCAUGUGUUAAAAUUUUUGCUUUAUUGUAAAUACAAUUUUCAUAUUUUGGAUAAGACUUUGUGCAUUCAAAGUUGUGUAAAAUAUUAGUGACCGGCAAUGUUGUUUGCUUGGGUUAUUUGCUAUCAGGUUUGUUUAGAUAGAGUAGCUGAGGCUAUGGCAAUGAAGUGCUUAGUGUC